CGUAGAGUUCAGCAGUUCCGUAUUUUGGGUCGGUGGUUGAUUAAACUUGUAAGGAGAAUAUUUGGGAGUUUUAACUGUUUUUAAAGCGUGAAUCCACAUCAGGAAAUGCCGUCAACUAUCCCAGGAAACACAGUUUUUUUUAGCCGUGCUGCUGGUCUUGGAUGUAAAAACUCAUCCAUUGUUCAGCAGAUAACAAGCUCCGGGCUGGACCAGGAAGACCAUCUUUAUAAGGAUCUGAAAACAAAGUUGCUUCAACCUCAGAGACAAACUGAAGCAAACAACACCAAGUAAACAUUUAAUCAUACAAAUGUUUAUAAAACCUCUAAGUGAAGACUAUUCUGAGGACAAGGAAAAGUGCCACUCUGUGCAGUUCAGUUCAAAUACUCAAAUAAAAGAAGCCAUGAAUGAUUUAGAAAGUCCUCCUGACCAGAAAGGGCAAACUGAAGAACAGAUUCCUGCUAAAAAACUGCUUUGCUGCUCUGAGUGUGGUGAAGGAUUCUCCACAAGUGAAGAUCUAAGCCUUCACAUCAAGCUUCAUUGGAGAGGAGAACUGUUCAGUUGUUCGAUCUGUAACACCAGCUGUAGUGACAGAGACUCAUUGAUUCAUCACAUGAGGCUCCACACCAGACAAACCCAGUUCACCUGCCAUCUCUGUGGGAAAGACUUUGCCUGGAGAAGGCACCUGACCAAACAUAUGGAGGUGCACAUUAAAAGGAAAAAGGUGUUUCACUGCAGAGUUUGUGGUGCUGAAUUUUGUACUUAUUAUCUGCUAUCUAAACACAAAAGUGUUCAUCAGACAUCAGAGCUUCCUCGGGGCCAGACUGAGAACAACAAAGAGGAGAUGGCAGCGAGCGGAGACAACGCUGGAGGAAGAGAACCGGCAAACACAGAUUCUGAGAGGUUAAAAGAGACCAACGUGAAGGUUUCAACAUCUUUUAAAACUGAAAAUAACUUUUGGACAGAGUCUAGUAAACCUGUGCCAAUUUUAACCCCUAAGGGAUGUAACUACGCCUCUCAGACGGAUGAGAACACAAUGUUUAACGCAAAGACAUGGGAGGUGAAGCGAGAGGAUUCAGAGCCUCCGCAGGUAAAAGAAGAGGAGGAAGAGACAGAGAUCGGCAGAUUCACUUUUAGUCCUGUGCCGAUGAAGACAGAAGAAAAUGAAGACGAGCCUCAGUCCUUUCGACUUCAACCCCAGACUGAGGAGGAUAAAGACUGUUUAGAAGAAGAAGAACAAGGUAAGAUAGAGAAGACCUCAGAGUUUUGUGGCUCUGACACGGACGACAGCGAAUGUUGGACUGCGAAAAGAAAACCUGGGUCAGGUUCGAACUCUGAAAGUGAUUCUGGCAGAAACCAGUCCAGCUGCUCCGACAACAAACCGCCAGAGUCUCUGCAAGCCGAGAGCGACGACAGCGUGGACAGCGACUUCUGGAAGGACUACAAGAAGCCACAGUCGAGCUCAACGCCGACAAGACAAGAGCCUUCAGAGGAAGGAGAGGAAUAUACGGCACACAUAAUGCCGUACAGCUGCCCUCAUUGCAGCAAAGCUUUCCGCUACAGCUCCUACCUGAAGAGUCACGUGGCACGGCACGCAGAGAAGUACUUUUGCUCUAAGUGUGGAUACAGAACCUGCUUCUCUUCAAACCUGAAGUCUCACUUAAGAACUCACACCGGAGAGAAACCAUUUGGCUGCUUGGUUUGUGGUAAAAGAUACAGAAAAAACGAUAGCCUGCUCUCCCACAUGUCUGUCCACGACGCAGAAAGGAAGUACAACUGCGCUACGUGUAAGAAAAGCUUUGCUUGGUUCACGGAGUUCAAAUAUCAUCAGUGCUUUGGCGAGUCGUCAGGUGAACGAUCACGCGAGGAUGCGAGCAUCAACCUGAAACAACACAAUUUAUACAGCUGAAAUUAUUUAUCUGCUGGAGUUGGUUGAGUGAUUUAUCUGUUUGAAAAACUGUAUAAUGAAGAUAUUUCCUUUAAAGUAAAUGUGCUUAUUAAAGGUGAUCUGUUAUGAUAAAUUCA